AUGGCUCGUUUCGAAGGAAGAUGUAAUUGCAAGCAAAAGGUUGCUGAUUCAAUUACUAAGUAUACCAAAGUCGAUCCGGCUCUGCAACAAGAAUUGCUAAAAAUCGUAGAAAGCUUGAGUCUACCGGGAAAGGGAAUUUUGGCUAUCGACGAGUCGCCUUCCUCUUUUGACCCGAUAUUUCGUCAAAUUGGAAUAGAGAACACGGAUGCUGCACGCAGGGAUUACAGAGAAAUGCUGCUGUCCGCGGACAAGUCUGAGUUGUGCCAAUUCAUAAGUGGUGUUAUUCUGAACCACGAGACUCUAUAUCAGAAAUUGUCAAAUGGAAGAGAGUUGUUGGAUUUAUUGAAAGAGAUAAAUCUAAUAGUUGGAAUAAAAGCUGACAAAGGAACGGUGUGUCUUUUUGGGACGAUGAACGAAGAGACGACCGAGGGUUUGGACAAUCUUCAGGAACGAUGUAUACAAUACAAAAAGGAUGGUUGCCAUUUUGCAAAAUGGCGGUGUACUUAUAAAUUAUCGGAUAAUCGACCAAGCGCAUUGGCGGUCAAUGAAAAUGCUCAUGUUCUGGCCAGGUUUGCGACAAUUGCCCAGAGCGCAAGACUCGUACCGGUUAUACAGCCGGAAAUAGUGACGACCGGUGAGCACGAAAUGGCAAAAGCUUUACAAGUUCACGAAGAAGUAUUGUCGGUCCUUUUCCGCGCUAUGGUGGAACACCGCGUCUUCCUAGAGGGCAUGAUACUGAAACCAGCGAUGGUCCUGGCAGGAAUUCAAAACGCCAAAUUCUGCAAGCCCCAAAUUGUCGCUGAUUUUACUCUUGCGGCUUUACGACGAACGGUUCCGUCGGCUCUUCCGACAAUUAUGUUUUUAAGCGGCGUACAAUCGGAUGAAGAUGCGAUUCUAAAUCUCAACGCUAUCGUUCGUGCCGAAGGCAAAAUUCCUUGGACUUUGUCGUUUUCUUAUGGACGUGCUUUGCACAAUGCAGCCGGAAUCGCUUGGGAAGGAAAGCCCGAAAAAAUCGCCAAUGCUCAAAGCAUUUUUCUCGACAGAGCUAAACGAUGCUCCGAAGCGUCUCAGGGAAAACUGGAUAUCGAGGAAUUUAAAAAAUGUAUGAGCAUUCCUGACAAUUCCGACGGCGACUGAAAUUAUUUUUUAUACUCAAUGGAAAAUGUUUCAUUCACUUAUCCACGUAAAUUUGUUAAAAAUAAUGCAACACCGCGGUAGACGACGGAAAGUUAGAUGUGUUCCAACCAUAAAUAUUAACCAUUUUUAUAUUACUUAUCCAUUACAAAUUCCUUUCCUCGCGUUAUUUUAUACAUUCGUAUAUACAUAUAUAUUUAUAAAUAAAAAACAAUA